AGUCCUGUAGUGGUGGAGCGAGAGAGAGAGAGAUAGAAAGAGAGAGUGAGAGCAUGUGUGUGUCAGUAUGUGAGAGGGACUUAACAGAGGUUAAGUAGACGGGAGCAAAAACCAUUGAGGGAGAGAGAGAAGGAGCUGACUGUGAAGGCAGACAAAAAGAGAGAAAAAGUACAGAAAGAGCAGGUUGGACCUGAAAGGUUAUUUUCUACAAAGCGAACCAACCAGCACUUUGGGAAUUGUGUGUGUCAUCCUGGGAAAUCUGUGCGUGGCAGCGCUGUCACACACAUACACACCCACACAAACCGGUAGUAAGAUCUGAGAGAUUACUGACUAGGAUCCCUGCUGAUGACAUGCAGUCUCAGAAAAGAGUGGAGGUGUAUGAUCAUCUUAAUGGCUCACGGAUCAUUUUCUCAGAUGAGGCUCUUCCCAGCAGUGGUCCAAGACAGCACUUCAUGCCUCCGGAUAUGACCCAGGAAGUAGUAGUAAUCUCUCCUGGUCUUCCUACACCUCCUUUAAGUCCGUUUCACAACAGUUCAGCCCCAUCGUCUUCGCAGCACAAGGUCGCAGAGGUCAAUGGAGGUGGAUUCCCAUCACACAGUUUUGGAUCCUACUAUGGAACGACUCAAACAAAUGUUGGAUUAUCCAAUGGUGGAAUACAGAGUGGAGGUUCUGCCACAUUCCCCAGGACUUCCGCCACCCGAGAGGAGCGCUUAAUAAAGUUCUCUGGAAUCGGUCCUGUAGAUGAGACAGGCAUGCCAAUCGCAUCCCGAUCUAGCGUAAACAAGCCUAAGGACUGGUAUAGGAGCAUGUUCAAACAAAUCCACAAGAAACCAGAGGAGCCUGAGCUUGACUGGAGAGAAAGGAAGCUGUCAUCAUCUCCUCCCCCAGAUUCUGCCCAGCAGGACAGGCGCUCAGACCCUUUCACUCUCACCCCGCACGGAGCCCUGCCCGACUGGGCUGAUCUGGGCGAUACAGGGAAGCAUCCAGAACCAAAGAGUAUUUUUGACUUUGAGCCUGGAAAGGGGGAAGCGGUAGAAGAUCGUAACAAGUCUCUGAGGUCUGAGUCACAGCAGCCUUUAUAUCACACCCCAGUGAAACCUCAAUCCCAAUCUCCAUCUAUAGAGGCGACACUGGUGUCAGAGCUGAACCGCUUUGAGGCGGAGCUGGACUCAGACAUUCGUGGUCUGGAGAGGAAACUGUCACAGAAGCAGCAGCAGCGGCGAGGCAGGGGUGAGGGAGCUAAAGCCAACACAGCAGCCACAAGAACAGAAGAGAACAGACAAGAAAACAGCUAUCCCAUAAUCCCCUGCUCUGCUGUAAAGCAGGGCACAACAGCUAGCUUUAUGCAUGCUGAUGGUCACACAACCUCAGACAUGGAUUUCCCACCUAAGAAAGAAGAGAGGAAGAUGAAAGCAGCCCGAGCCAAAUUUAAUUUCCAAGCACAGUCACCAAAGGAGCUGACAAUACAAAAAGGUGAUGUUGUCUACAUACACCGGCAGGUGGAUGCCAACUGGUAUGAAGGAGAGCAUCAUGGGAGAGUGGGAAUCUUUCCCACCAGCUAUGUGGAGAUCAUUCCUCCAACGGAGAAGCCCACUCCAAUAAAGUCUCCCACCAUCCAGGUGUUGGAGUAUGGAGAGGCCGUAGCCCUGUUCAACUUCAAUGCCGACCUGCCUGUGGAACUGUCCUUCAGAAAGGGCGAGGUGAUCUCAAUCAUCAGGCGUGUUGAUGAUCACUGGCUGGAGGGUCGUAUCGCUGGCACCACCCGAAGUGGAAUCUUCCCCAUCAACUACGUCCAGGUCAACAAAAUGCCCCGCACUAAAAGCAGUGAUGACUUUCCAUCUUCUCCCACUCCUACCCCAGAGCCCCUUAGUCCCGGCCGCCCACAGCACUCCCCACUGUCUCCCAUGUCACGCUCCCCUGAACCCCAGCUUUCACCUCACAAACACUCCAGCCAGUCACGCUCCCCUCUGUCACUUGCACAGCCCACCUCCCCAAAACCAUCAAACCACUUUUUAUUCUCACCUGGCCCCACUUCACCCACCCCACCCACGAACAACUGGACUGGAUUGCUGCACUCUCACAACCCACUGGAAAAGGACACCAGAUCACCUGCGUCACCCUCCAAUCAUGUGCUGACAUCUCCGCAGGGCCCGGGACUGCCAGCGCACACCAGCUCGCACCCUCCAUACAUCACACAGGAUGGGACCAGAACACAAUCUCCACAGCCCAACACACAGAUUAAGAUUCCCUCCACAUCACAGACUCCUGUGAACAAGGGUUAUUCACGACAACCGUAUAAAGCGGUUUACAACUAUAAACCCCAGAAUAAAGACGAGCUGGAAUUGAGAGAAGGAGACAUCGUUCAGGUCAUAGAGAAGUGUGAUGACGGCUGGUUUGUAGGUACGUCUGAAAGGACCCAAGCUUUUGGAACAUUCCCUGGCAACUAUGUGGCACCAGUUUAAGAGCUUCCACCAAUUCUUCUUGGCAGAUACUAUUUCACUGACACUACAGGCUCAACCACUAAUCAAUGCAAUAUACAUUCUGUCUGUACUGUCACUGUAUACUAUAUACAAAACUACUGCCCCUGUUUACACUCACACACAUAUAUACUUAAAAAUUCUUCCUUCACAUCCUCCACCAAGCAUGUGCACUCCUCACCUUAUUACUAUGGCGCCCAUUUUCCCAUAGUAACUCUUGCAGACUCUUACAGAUGUUGGACACAGAUGGGUUUGUCACAGUAUGAUCACUCACAUGUGUGUAUUUGUGAUGAAUCCACACUGCAUUAUGCUUUGAAGAUCAUUACAUUUAUUUUUUCCCCUAUUGACAUUAUCUAAGCUGACUUCCUUAAUUUUAACGUCUUUGUAAAGUUUACCUCCAUUUUGGUUUCAGAUUUGUAGCAACAUUGCCUAUGAACACUACAUAUCCUGAAGAUCUGGAUGUAAGACAUGGUUUAAAAAAAGCAUCUUUUUUUUUUUUAAACGAUCAUCACAGUUGUCAUUUACUUGCUGGCUUAGCUGACCGCCACAUCAUAUUAUAAACACAACCGCAGUCUUUAAGCGCUUAAUGCAAUUGCCUCCAAAUGUUUAAACUGUAUUAGGUUCAUGUUUAUUGUGUAACAAACCCAGCAUGCAACAUUAUCUUAAGCUUUAGGACAGGGAAAGUGUUGGGGCAGUGCUGUUUCAAACUCUUUUGUAUGGAUAAGUCUCCUGCUCAGUGAAGAAUCAGUUAGGGUUUGACAUUUUGUGGUGGGUUCCAUCCAAACUAGAUUAAACAUGGUUUCUGACUCUAUGUAGACUCUUUAAAUCUGUAUCUAAAACCAUAUUAAAUUGAAAAUAUUCAUUAAUGCAGGUAAGGCCCAUUCACAAAAAUGUGAAAUGGUGUGAACAGGCCUUUCAAAAGUAUAAAGGCCCGUUCACACCAAGGAUAAUAACUAUAACGAUAAAGAUUUAGUUCUAAAAAUCACUCUAAAUAUGAAAGAAUAGCAGAUUACACAUCACAAACGAUAACAGUAAAACGACAUCAUUGAAAGCACUUUUGAAAUUAUUUUUCCCAGCUGAUGAAUGAUAAAAACAUCGACAACCAAUCAGAAUUCAUCCUGCUCUAAAGAGCUCGAGCAUUUAUAGUGGCAGACAAUAAAACUGUUGCACAUGUGUAUUUUAUCCACAAGGUGGCAACCGUGCCCUGGGGGUGUCGAUUCACAAGGUAGUCAAGAAAAACUGCAAAAACAGAACAGACCGGAACGCAUGCAAGCUACAGCGACAAUGGAGGCCUACAUAGAUGAGAGAUUGUGCGAAGAGAAAGAAUACAAAGAUGUUUACAUGGAUUGUAACUUGUGGCGAGAGAUUGCUCAAAACUGUGCAUGUGUUGAACGCCUGUGUAAGUGUACGAGUCAAUUGAAGUAUACUUUCCAAGGCUGUGCAUUUGACUGUGCGCGUACGCUAGUGUACGCCCUAAAAAACUAAGUAUACCCAGGGCUUUAAGCCCAAAGUAUACUUCACUUUUUAUGCGUACAUGAGGGUCAGCGUACAGUCUGCAUGACGUGAAUUUCGUCAUCAAGAGAGUAUUUACAUACUGUAUGCGCACCGCCGGAUUUUUGUAAUCGUGCGUACUUGUACACGCGGUUCGCACAUGCGCAUUUAAGUUUUUUUUUGCAGUAAUUAGUUAUUCCACAAGGUGGCAGCCAUGCCCUGGGGGCGUCGAUUCCAAAGGUAGUCAAAGAAAAACUGCAUAAACAGAACAGACCGGAACGCAUGCAAGCUACAGUGACAAUGGAGGCCUACAUAGACGAGAGAUUAUGCGAAAAGGUUAGAAAACAUCCUAAUUUGUACAACUCUAGCAUGAAAGAAUACAAAGAUAUUUACAUGGGUUGUGACUCGUGGCGAGAGAUUGCUCAAAACUGCGUAUGUGUUGAACGCCUGUGUACGCAUACAAGUCAAAUGAAGUAUACUUUCCAAGGAUGUGCAUUUGACUGUGCGUGUACACUAGCAUACGCGUAAAAAAAACAAGUAUACCCAGGGCUUUAAGCCCAAAGUAUACUUUGCUUUUUAUGCGUACUUGAGGGUCAGCGUACAGUGCGUGAUGCGAAUUUCGUCAUCAAGAAAGUAGGGGUGUAUUGUACCCGCACCGCCAGAUUUUUGUAAUCGCGCGUACUUUUAAGUGCAGGUCGCACAUGCACAUUUAACUUUUUUUUGCAGUAAUUAGUUUAUCCACAAGGUGGCAGCCGUGCCCUGGGGGCGUCGAUUUACAAGGUAGUCAAAGAAAAACUGCAUAAACAGAACAGACCGGAACACAUGCAAGCUACAGCGACAAUGGAGGCCUACAUAGAUGAGAGAUUGUGCGAACAGGUUAGAAAAUACCCUCACUUGUACAACUCUAGCAUGAAAGAAUACAAAGAUAUUUACAUGGGUUGUGACUCGUGGCGAGAGAUUGCUCAAAACUGUGUAUGCGUCGAACGCCUGUGUACGCAGUCAUGUGAAGUAUACUUUGUAAGGCUGUGCGUUCGACUGCGUAAAAAACAAAGUAUACCCAGUGCUUUAGAAUAAACAGAACGAUAUCGUCGCUGGUGUGAACGCUAAUAUUAUCUUUAUAGUUAUCGUCCUUUGUGUGAACGGGCCUUUUAGUAUUGAUCGGACAAACAUCGUGAUUUGCAGGUGUAGUCAUUCACAGUGCCAAAAACAGUAAAAUGUGUGCUUGUUAAAUAUCUAAACAUUAUUAAAACAAGAGUAAUUUACUAUAUGCGAAGAGCAAAAUUGUAUAAGGUAAAAUUUCUGAAAAUAUAUCUUAAAUUGAGUUUAUUUUGUGAUGUUUUUCUUGUUUUAGGCGUAAAUCUUACUCAUUUCUUUUGAUUUAUGCUUAAAACUAGAACUAAGAAAACUGUAUAUGUCAAUCACGAGCUCUGCGGAUUUUACAAGUUGAAAACGACACCUUAAGAUGAAGUCAGCUUGAGUUUAUCAUGUCAAAGCACACAUGCACAGGUUUUAAGACAGGAGCCGGAGGACUUUUUACUUUGGGUUUAUGUUAGCUGUAAAAAUGGUUGUUGAAGAUGCCGGUGUUCAUUCUAUUCAUCUGAAUUCCAUCAUUAACUCACUUUGACUUCUGUUUUUAAUUCUCUGGGAACUGAAGUAGCUGACUGCAUUUUGUUGUACAGAUUGUUGAAUCGUUAUGGCACAGUUAUCGAAUAAUGGGAAAAAGAUAAUAUAUUUUUAUUGACACACAAUGUAUUGCAGUAUGUAAGGUACUCACAGAUUUUGAUAAUGAUCAAAUAAAUAAUGAAAAAACA